ACACGAGCUGAUCUGAACUCUGAAGCUUCGUCCAUAAACCCUAGAGCAUCAACCAUGUCAAGGAGAAAGGUUAGAGAGCCAAAAGAGGAAAAUGUGACUCUUGGUCCUGCUGUCAGAGAUGGUGAACAUGUUUUUGGUGUGGCUCGCAUCUUUGCAUCAUUUAAUGACACCUUCAUUCAUGUAACUGAUUUGUCUGGGAGGGAAACACUUGUCCGCAUUACUGGUGGAAUGAAGGUUAAAGCUGACAGAGAUGAGUCAUCUCCAUAUGCUGCUAUGCUUGCAGCACAGGAUGUUGCUGCCAGAUGCAAGGAGCUGGGCAUAACUGCUCUUCAUAUCAAGCUUCGUGCAACUGGUGGAAACAAGACAAAAACCCCUGGUCCUGGAGCUCAAUCUGCUCUCCGUGCCUUGGCUCGGUCCGGUAUGAAAAUUGGGCGCAUAGAGGAUGUCACACCAAUUCCCUCAGAUAGCACCCGGAGAAAGAGUGGUAGAAGGGGUAGACGGCUUUAAAUUAUGGUAUUAUGGCUGGAGCUACUUUUUUGGUCACCCGUGUUUUGUUUCUCUUGCCAGACUAUAUUGUGUCACAUUGAAGUUUAGCUGAAAGUUUUCAUUUUGCAACUUUAUUGUUAUUUAUUGACUCAAUGUAUUGGUCAACUACUUUAACUGAGUUCUUUUUUAUUUUAUUUUAUUGUAGUUUACUAUU